AUGCCUAGAGACGGCAGUAAACAACCGCCCUCGGCGGCGACAAACCUCAUCGCUGGUGGUGGCGCCGGUAUGAUGGAAGCUCUCGCAUGCCACCCUCUUGACACAAUCAAAGUGCGAAUGCAGCUCUCUCGUCGUGCACGAAUGCCCGGCGCCCCCCGCCGCGGCUUCAUCAAAACCGGUGUAGAGGUUGUAAAAAAGGAAACUCCUCUCGCCCUGUACAAGGGCCUCGGCGCCGUCUUGACGGGCAUUGUUCCUAAAAUGGCUAUCCGAUUCACAUCAUUUGAAUGGUAUAAGCAGCUCCUCGCCGAUAAAACCACCGGCACCGUCUCAGGACGAGGAACAUUUCUGGCUGGUCUCGCUGCCGGUGUGACAGAAGCCGUGGCUGUCGUGACACCCAUGGAGGUCAUCAAGAUCCGUCUGCAGGCGCAACAUCACUCAAUGGCUGAUCCACUGGAUAUUCCAAAAUACAGAAACGCCGCGCAUGCUCUGUACACCGUCGUCAAGGAGGAAGGCUUCGGAGCGCUAUACCGUGGAGUCAGCUUAACAGCCUUAAGACAAGGCUCCAACCAAGCCGUCAACUUCACGGCAUACUCUUACUUUAAGCAGUGGCUCAAGGACUACCAGCCUCAGUACACCGACGGUAACUUGCCCAGCUGGCAGACAACCAUCAUCGGUCUCGUGAGUGGCGCCAUGGGUCCUCUCAGCAACGCCCCCAUCGACACCAUCAAGACUCGUCUGCAAAAGACGCCGGCUGAGUUUGGCACCACCGCUUGGACAAGGAUAACCACCAUCACCAGCGACAUGUUCAAGCAAGAAGGUUUCCACGCUUUCUACAAGGGCAUCACGCCCCGCAUCAUGCGCGUUGCACCCGGCCAGGCCGUCACCUUUACCGUCUACGAGUAUCUCAAGUCCAAGCUAGAAAAGAGUAACCUGGCCUUUGUCGGUGGCAAAUAUGAGGAGUAA